AUUAAUUGACUAUGUUUAUUGUGUGGAUGUCGAAAUGACGUUACGCACUGCACAUAAAAAAAAGAAGAAGAAUAUUAAUUCAUGUUUAUUUUCUCCGCGGCUAAUUGGUUGUGAACACCUGAAAAUUACGAAAAAUCGUGUGAAAGAGACCGAGAAACCGGUGAGAUCAAAGGCACAGAUGAAAUCGAUCCCUUUCGUUUUCUUCUAAAAUUCUGUUCCAGUUUUCUGGAAGUGCACGAAAAGAUUUCCAGAAAUAAUAACACCUAACCUCCAAUACAUAAAAUUAACCUCAAUCAAAUGCUGAUUUCACAAUCCCAACAAAUUGAUUAUUAUUAAGUUUUAUAAGAACCAAACUGUGUUAUCACCAAGUUAAAUUAAUACAAAAGAAUCUAUCAAAAGGACGAAAAGUGAUGAACAAAAAGCAGAACCUGGAAAAAGAUUCAACUCCCAGAAAAGGAAUCCGCGUGAAGGCACUUUCUACCCUUCAAGAUGUUCCAAGACCACAAUAUGAAGAAGAGGAAGAAAAUCGUCCUGAAAAAAAUUCUGAACAACAUGACGCUGUAAUUAUAUUAUCAUCAGACAGUGAGGACGAACUUGUGAAGCAGGAAAUUCCUUUAAGUGUAAAGCGACGUAGGCGGAAAAGAUCAAUAGCAAUGAAGCUAGAAAAAGUUGAUGAAGAAUCAAGACAGAAAAUUUCUUCGAAUUACAUGCAAAAGCAUUCCCGGAAGCAACAAAAAAUUAAUAAUAUAGCUUCAAAAUGCUAUCGAAUGGAAGAUUAUUUCAAUCCUCUUUCGAAAGAAGAAUGGACUCAGGCUAUUCAUAAGAAUUUUGAUGUACCCCAAAAUUGUGCACCUGAAGAUGUUAGUGGUCUAAUAUUACAAAACAUAAGACAACAAAAACAGGGGAAAAAGGAGCGGAAAAAUGAAAUGAUGCCCCUUCGACAGUUUACAUCGACAAGAAUGAGGAAUCCCGUAACGAAUAUUUUUAUAAGACGCAAAUUGGGCAGGACUACUAACGUGAAAAUGCUGGGAAAGAGUCAUCUUACAGACCAGCAAAAAAGGAUCCACAAUUACUUUACUGUCUAUAGAGGUUCUACUUUUCGGUCAUACUAUGACACUUUUAGAGAAUCCCUCUUUCCUGUUUUGAUUGCUGGGGAACUCAAUGUGAAUAAUUUCCUAUCUAAACUUCUGGAAGAAACCAAUGAGGGUCAGACGGGUGAUAUGAUUUUUGAUUAUUCCCUCAAUAAGGACAAAUUGAUAUUGCAGCCUAAGAAAGGGUGUACCAUCGAUGACGAGGUCCACAUGUUGGAAAUUUUCGAGAAAGUUAUUAAGGAAGAAGGAGUUGAUCUUGAAGUGAAUCCCUGUGAUCAAGAUAAAGAUAAAAAAGACACUUACAGUGAAAUUAAUAUCCUGGGAAACGAAGCGAAUUCUACAGAGGCAAAGGAAGAAAAUUCAGAGGAAGUCAAACAAGAGUUCAAAGUUCAAAGAGGAAGAAAAGUUGUUUGUCCACCAUUUAAAAUUAUCAAAGGAACAACUUUUGCCGUAGAUGCAUUUCGAUAUGGAAAUAUUCAGCAUGUAACACACCACUUCCUUACUCAUUUUCACGCAGAUCACUACUGCGGAUUGAGAAAGACCUUUAAUAAGCCUGUUUAUUUAACCACAGUGACUGCUAAUUUGGUUAAAUCCUUCAUAAAAGUCAAGCCACAAUAUCUAAAUGAGAUGAAGUACAACAUUCCUGUAAUCAUUAAUGGCGUAGAAGUUAUUGCUCUGGAUGCAAAUCACUGCCCAGGUGCUGCCAUGUUUGUCUUCAAGUUACCAAAUGGUGAGAAUAUUCUCCACACAGGAGAUUUUCGGGCAACAUACUUGAUGGAAAUGCUUCCAAUUCUGUGGAACAAUUACAUUGACAUUAUCUACCUCGAUACAACAUAUUUAUCAUCACAAACAAUCUUGCCCAGUCAGGAUGAAAGUAUUGAUAUGGCUAUAGAGGAGACAGAAAAAUUUCUCACGAAGAACAUAGGACAGAAGUGUCUUAUCAUCGUUGGGACAUAUAUUGUAGGCAAGGAGAGAGUAUGGCACACAUUGGCAACAAGGUUCGGAUUCCGAGUGUGGCUGGAGGGAAAGAGACGCCAAGCAGUGGAGUGCAUGGAAAAUCCGCGCCUUUUAGAGGUCCUCUCUGCUGAUCCAUGUAACGCUCAAAUCCAUGUUCUACCUCUGGGCAAACUGAGUUAUGACUAUGUCGUGCAUUACAUGUCACAAUUUGAGAAUGAAUUUACCCACGUCCUAGCGAUACGUCCUAGUGGAUGGGAAGUGAAUUCUAGACCACGUCAUCAGGGCAAUAUUUCAAUAGUUGGAGUGACUUACAGCGAGCACUCCAGCUAUACUGAAUUGCGGCGAUUCGUGCGCUUUUUGAGGCCACGGUGUGUGAUACCCACCGUCAAUGCUGAGGGAAUGCGAGAAAGAGAAAAAAUCCCAGAAAAAUGGCUCUCUAAGAAGAUUGAGCCAUGGCGAGAGAUGCGCCAGAGUACGAUAACAGUAUUCUUUCCCCUAAAGAUGCAGCAGCGUACACCAGAAGAAGAUAAAGAAGCUGAAGUACAAAAUCUUACGCAGUUCAGCCUUGUUGUCCAAUGUGAUAAAGCGGAAAUUGAUAGUCGGUUGACCGAUUGAAUGUCCUGGACCAACAUAUUUUCUUUGUAUGAUAAAUAUCUACGUAUCAAAGUAAAAUUCCCUCGGAAAACCAUA